AUGGCCGAGCUCCCUCACACGCCUCGCCAGGCCGCCACCGUCCUCUCAGCCACUGAGUUGAUUGGAAACUCGCCUCUCGUGCGUCUGAACAAGCUUCCGCAGUCCCUCGGCAUCGAGGCCGACAUCUACGUCAAGGCCGAAUUCUUCAAUGCGGGCGGUAGUGUCAAGGACAGGAUCGCCCUUCGCAUGGUCGAAGAGGCCGAGAAGAGCGGCCGCAUCAAGCCAGGCGACACCCUUAUCGAGCCUACAAGCGGCAAUACCGGCAUUGGCCUAGCUCUCGUCGGCGCGAUCAAGGGUUACAAAACCAUCAUCACACUUCCCGAGAAGAUGUCCGCCGAGAAGGUCUCCGUUCUCAAAGCCCUUGGCGCAACCAUUAUCAGAACACCCACGCAGGCUGCUUGGGACGCUCCUGAGUCCCACAUUGGCGUCGCCCGUCGCCUUCAGAAGGAGAUCCCCAAUGCCCACAUCCUCGACCAGUACAGCAACAAGGACAACCCGGAGGCCCACGAAUUCGGCACUGCUGAGGAGAUCUGGACCCAGACUGGUGGAAAUAUUGCUGCUGUUGUUGCUGGUGCUGGUACUGGUGGCACCAUCACUGGUAUCGCUCGAGGCCUGAAGAAGCAUAGCAAGGACAUCAAGAUCAUUGCUGCGGAUCCCCAAGGCAGCAUCCUCGCUCUGCCCGAGAACCUCAAUGAUGAGCACAUGAAUGCGCCAUACAAAGUUGAGGGCAUCGGAUAUGAUUUUAUUCCCGACGUUCUCGACCGAGAGAUUGUUGACAAGUGGUACAAGACCGAUGACCAGGAGUCUUUCUACCUCGCCCGUCGUUUGAUCGCCGAAGAAGGUCUGCUUGUUGGCGGCAGCUCGGGCUCCGCUCUGGCCGCCAUGGUUCUGGCCGUUAAGGACUUCGGAUUCAAGAAGGGCGACGUCGUUGUCGUCGUGCUUCCCGACAGCAUCCGCAGCUAUCUCUCCAAGUUUGCUGAUGAUGACUGGCUCGACGCCAACAACCUUCUGCCCAAGAGCUCCGAUGCUAGCAAGGUCGCACCAGCUCACAAGGCAUCCUCAGACCCAUAUAGCGGGGCCACCAUUGCCUCUCUACGUCUCAAGCCCGUCACUUCCAUCUCAGCCACAUCGAGCUGCUCCGAAGCUAUCGAGACCAUGCGCGACAAGGGCUUCGACCAACUCCCCGUCCUUUCCGCCUCGUCCAAGCUGGUCGGUCUGGUAACCCUCGGUAACCUCCUCAGCUACAUCUCUCGAGGCCGCGCCACUGCCGACAGUCAGGUCAAGGAUGUCAUGUUCGACUUUGCGCGCAUCGACGAGAUCAUUACCGACCCUCGCCAGGGUGCCGCCUCGGCUGGCAAGCGCAAGUUUGUUGAGAUCACCCUUGACACCCCCCUCGCCGAGCUCAGCAAGUUCUUUGAGUGGAACAGUGCCGCUGUGGUCACAGAAAAGGCUGAUGAUGCCACUCUGUCCAAGCCCAUUGCCAUUGUCACCAAGGUCGAUCUCCUCACCUGGAUGGUGAAUAAGAAGCUAUAA